UUCCUUAUAGAACCUGGCCCUGCUCACUGGGUAAAGGAUGGGGCCCCCUCAGCUCCUCUCUCUGGUCCUAUUGAUCCAAAUAGUUCCUUCUCAGCUCACUGAAGGCAACAGCCUGGCAAUGCAGAUGUCGUUGGGGACCACAAUCGGAGAUGCGCUACAGAGACCACUAGAAACGCAGACCUCCCAAGGAGCAUCCCUGGACACGGCAGGCCACCAGAACAGCCUGCUCAAGUCACUUCCGGGCCCAGCCAGGAGCCGUCCCAAGCGGCGCGCAUGGGAGAGGCCCGAGGACCGGGAGUGCCGCCUGCGAAGCCUGCAGGUUCGCGUCAAGAACCUGGGCUUGGGCUACAGCUCCGAGGAGACCAUCCUCUUCAAGUACUGCAGCGGCAGCUGCCCCAAGGCCCGCAGCAACCAUGACCUGACCCUCUCCGCUCUGCUGCAGAGGAGCGAGAUACCGGCCUUGGGGGACCCCUGCUGCCGCCCCACACACUAUGAGGAUGUGGCGUUCCUGGAUGACAGUCACCAGUGGCAGGAGGUGGAGCAGCUUUCGGCCGCUGCCUGCAGCUGUGUGGGCUGAUGGUGUUGUUGUUGUUUUUCUUGAGGGGGCGAGGGGAGGGAUAAACGAAUGCAGACAUGGGGCAGCAGCAGAGCUCACAAUAGAACAGGCCACCUUGCCCCACCAACGCAGUCCUUGGCUCAGAGAUGUGCUUUUAGCCACCAAUUAAUGUGCAACUAACAAAGACGUCCCAGCAAGGGGUGCCCAGGCCGCCAUGCUGCUCCCCAGUUCCAAAUACAAAGCCAUUCCUCAUAAUUCACAGCCGAGGGGAGCAGCCCAAAGAGUGCCACACCCAUUACUGGUCCCCUGCUCCU